GGUGGGGCCCGGGCCGGACUGUCCGCGGGCUCGCGCGGCAGCCCCCCCGCCGCCACCUCCCCCUUCGCCGCCGCCGCCGCCGCCGCCGGUCGCCUGUCUCCGCGCUGGGCAUGCCUCGGGAGCCGGAGCGGCCCGGGCCGCGGCGGCUCUGCGGCGCAUGGACGGCGGCGGCGCCGGGCGGGCAGGGGGAGGAGAAGGCGCCGGCGGCGGAGGAGGCGGCGACCUGCGGCAAGAGGCACCGGCGGCGCGAGGGGACGGCCGGCCGCCGGCGAGGCUCCGGCCCCACUACUUUUCCGUAGCCUCCCGCCGCAGCAGCACGGCCGCCGCCGCCGCCGCCACGGCCACGGCCACGGCCACGGCCGCCGCCCGCCGGGCCGCCGCUGAGCGCCGCGCACGCCCGCACUCACUCCCGCCACCCCACGCACACGCACACCCCCGCCCUCCCCACGCCCCCCGCCCCGGGAGGGGGGAGAGAGGCAAAAAGUAAGAGAGGAAAAAAAAUAGCAGGAAGAUGGCGCCCACCAAGCCCAGCUUUCAGCAGGAUCCUUCCAGGCGAGAACGAAUAACUGCCCAGCAUCCUCUGCCCAACCAAUCAGAAUGUAGGAAAAUCUACAGAUAUGACGGAAUCUACUGUGAAUCUACCUACCAGAAUUUACAAGCACUGAGAAAGGAGAAGUCCCGAGAUGCUGCUCGCUCCCGCCGGGGAAAAGAAAAUUUUGAGUUCUAUGAAUUGGCCAAGUUGUUGCCUCUCCCUGCAGCCAUCACUAGCCAGCUUGACAAGGCAUCCAUAAUUCGACUUACAAUUAGCUAUCUGAAAAUGAGGGACUUUGCUAACCAGGGGGAUCCUCCAUGGAACUUGCGAAUGGAAGGCCCCCCACCCAACACAUCAGUAAAAGGGAUACAAAUGUGGAAAUCUGAAAUCUGCAUGAGAAAGACACCAUGUGAAGGUGCACAACGAAGGAGAAGCCCCAGUGCACUGGCUAUUGAAGUAUUUGAAGCACAUUUGGGAAGUCACAUUUUGCAGUCCCUGGAUGGCUUUGUAUUUGCACUAAAUCAAGAAGGAAAAUUUUUGUACAUUUCUGAAACAGUCUCCAUCUACCUAGGCCUCUCACAAGUGGAGCUGACAGGCAGCAGCGUCUUUGACUAUGUUCACCCCGGGGACCACGUGGAGAUGGCCGAGCAGCUGGGCAUGAAGCUCCCGCCUGGGCGGGGUCUCCUCUCGCAGGGCACAGCUGAGGACGGAGCCAGCUCGGCAUCUUCCUCCUCGCAGUCGGAGACCCCUGAGCCAGUGGAGUCAACCAGCCCCAGUCUGCUAACCACUGACAACACUCUUGAGCGUUCCUUUUUCAUCCGAAUGAAAUCUACUCUGACCAAACGCGGCGUGCACAUCAAAUCAUCAGGAUAUAAGGUGAUUCACAUAACAGGCCGGCUACGACUGCGGGUGUCGCUGUCCCAUGGGAGGACUGUCCCCAGCCAAAUCAUGGGGCUUGUGGUUGUGGCUCAUGCCUUGCCUCCCCCUACGAUCAAUGAAGUCAGAAUUGACUGCCAUAUGUUCGUCACUCGAGUAAAUAUGGACCUCAAUAUCAUUUACUGUGAAAAUAGGAUUAGUGAUUAUAUGGACCUGACCCCUGUAGACAUUGUAGGGAAGAGAUGCUACCACUUUAUUCACGCCGAAGACGUCGAGGGCAUCAGGCACAGCCACCUGGACUUGCUGAACAAGGGCCAGUGUGUGACCAAGUACUAUCGCUGGAUGCAGAAGAAUGGAGGAUAUAUUUGGAUACAGUCUAGUGCCACCAUAGCUAUUAACGCCAAGAACGCAAAUGAGAAGAAUAUCAUCUGGGUGAAUUAUCUUCUUAGCAACCCUGAGUACAAGGACACGCCAAUGGACAUCGCACAGCUUCCCCAUCUGCCUGAGAAGACCUCGGAGUCCUCCGAGACAUCCGACUCUGAAUCAGACUCUAAAGAUACCUCAGGUAUUACAGAGGAAAACGAGAACUCCAAGUCCGACGAGAAGGGGAACCAGUCAGAGAACAGCGAAGAUCCGGAGCCCGACCGGAAAAAGUCGGGUAACGCGUGCGACAACGACAUGAACUGCAACGACGACGGCCACAGCUCCAGCAACCCAGACAGCCGCGACAGCGACGACAGCUUCGAGCACUCGGACUUUGAGAACCCCAAGGCGGGCGAGGACGGCUUCGGCGCGCUGGGCCCCAUGCAGAUCAAGGUGGAGCGCUACGUGGAGAGCGAGUCGGACCUGCGGCUGCAGAACUGCGAGUCGCUCACGUCUGACAGCGCCAAGGACUCGGACAGCGCGGGCGAGGCGGGCGCGCAGGCCUCCAGCAAGCACCAGAAGCGCAAGAAGCGGCGAAAACGGCAGAAGGGCGGAAGCGCCAGCCGCCGGCGCCUGUCCAGCGCGUCGAGCCCCGGGGGCCUGGACGCCGGCCUGGUGGAGGCCCCGCGGCUGCUGUCCUCCCCCAACAGUGCCUCGGUGCUCAAGAUCAAGACGGAGAUCUCGGAACCCAUCAACUUCGACAACGACAGCAGCAUCUGGAACUACCCGCCCAACCGGGAGAUCUCCAGGAACGAGUCCCCCUACAGCAUGACCAAGCCCCCCAGCUCGGAGCACUUUCCGUCCCCGCAGGGCGGCGGGGCCGGCGGCGGGCUGCACGUGGCCAUCCCCGACUCGGUCCUCACGCCGCCCGGCGCCGAUGGCGCGGCUGCCCGCAAGACUCAGUUCAGCGCCUCGGCCACUGCCGCCCUGGCCCCAGUCGCCUCUGACCCGCUGUCGCCCCCGCUCUCUGCGUCCCCGCGGGACAAGCACCCCGGGGGCGGAGGCGGAGGCGGGGGCGCCCCCAGCGCAUCCAACUCGCUGCUGUACACUGGGGACCUGGAGGCUCUGCAGAGGUUGCAGGCCGGCAACGUCGUGCUGCCGCUGGUGCACAGGGUGACCGGGACCCUGGCCUCCACCAGCACGGCGGCGCAGAGGGUCUACACCACGGGCACCAUCCGCUACGCUCCCGCAGAGGUGACCCUGGCCAUGCAGGGCAACCUGCUGCCCAAUGCGCACGCUGUUAACUUCGUGGACGUUAACAGCCCCGGCUUCGGCCUCGACCCCAAGACGCCCAUGGAAAUGCUCUACCACCACGUGCACCGGCUCAACAUGUCGGGACCGUUCGGCGGCGCGGUGAGCGCAGCCAGCCUGACGCAGAUGCCCGCCGGCAACGUGUUCACCACGGCCGAGGGACUCUUCUCCACGCUCCCCUUCCCCGUGUACAGCAACGGCAUCCACGCGGCACAGACUCUGGAGCGCAAGGAGGACUGAGACCAGGGCUCCCCCGGAGGCAUCAUCGGCGUUUUCGUUUAGACCUUUAAUUCUAGCACUUUGAAUUCGAGCAGGUCAGCGUCUUCUCUCACCACGACGGUCCCCACCCCACCCCUUCUUUCUUUAACUUGACUAUUCUUUCCUGUAAAGAUAUGUUUAUUUUUUGCCUUCAGAGAGUCAGAUGACCAGUUGCCUGCCAUUUUGUCGUCUUCUAAGAUGUGUGUUGGGUUGUUUUGCUUUCCUUUGCAUCUUUAUUAAGAUGUCUUUAAUGUGUAUAUGCCUCUGCCAUAGAAUACUCAGUCUUGUGGUCGAGAGUUUUCUCAAGUGACAACCAUUGGGUUUUCUUCAUAAAGAUCUUGAUAUGAUCAAGAUUGAAAGAGACAAGCAAACAAUGUGCCCUGUUUGACUAAGUCAAAUGAAAUGGGGUGGUGUUUUGUUUUUUGUUCCUAAUUCCUUUAAAAAUAGGGGGAUAGUAUUUUAGAAUUUUAUGCAGAAUUUAAUUCUCUUUUUAUGAUUAAGAUUUUCUUACUUGCACAUAAAAAUAAUUUGGGUUCUUAAACUUAAUUUCUGGCCUGUGACUAGAAUGUUUAAAAAAAAAAAGUUGGACUAAAUGUUAAUUACUGAAACAUUAACUUAAUUUCUAAAACCAUGGUGCUAUCAUUUAUUAAUCUGUAAUGUCUUCAUACAAAAUGCAGCUCCUGGGCUGGGUUUUGGGAAAACCGUGUUCUGUCCUGGUCUGGAGCCCCGUUGCUGCAGUCUCCUUGGUUAGUUAAGACAAAGCCCUCAUUAACAUUUGCUGCAGGACUUAAAAUUUUUUACCUCCCAACUAACAAACAUAGCCUCACGUUAAAUUUAAUGGGUCAGUAAAGCUCUUUUUAAAGGGGCUUUUGGAAAAUUCCAUCAAACUGAUUUGAGGAGCAGUUUAGGUACAUACUGCCCUUUGAUGAGCUUUUUUUUUUUUUAAAUUCCUUUUCUCAGUCUGACUGAGGCUAAUUUUUGCGACAUCAAUAACACUUCGGAGUAAAAGAAGGAAAAAAAUAUUUAACAUUUUUUUUUUCAUUUCUUGCUAUAAAAGGAAGAUUGUAUUUUGGGGGACUGAUUUGAUUUGAUGGAAAUAUUUUUUUUCCCUUUGGUUCUCUUAUUUCUAGGUGGAAACCAAUAAGGUUUAACACGAAAGAGUGGGUUAAUAAGCUUCAAACAGAUAACUGCAACUGAAAACUGCACAUUAAGUAAAAAAAAGAAAAAAAAAGAAAAAGAAAAAGAAAAAAAUAUCCUAUUUUGUCUUUGUUGCCAGAAAUCAGUGUAGUGUCAAACACUCCAAAUGACUGUCAAGUGUAAACCCUUCUUCCACUCCACUUUUGGCAGCUGUUGGUUAAGGCCUCUGAUAACAGAUGUGGGAACUGUAAUGUGUGCGGUGUGUACGUGUCCUUGGCUGUCAGCCCAUUGCCGUUUCAGUGUGUGUUUCUAUAUGCAGUAUAUACUAAGCUGACGUAGUCGUCUUGUCCUUUGUCUUCUCUGUGCUCUAUCUCUAGUCCGGAGUGGUACAGUCCCAUUCCUGCAGUCCUAGUGAAUCGGUGCUUCUUGGGGGUUAGUGAUUUUUGUGUGGUGGCUUUCCUCUGUCAUGUCACCCUAUGCUGCUUCUACUGUCUGUGAAUCUUCGUUUCACUUUUUAAGAUUCCUGCUGUUGCUUUGCUGGUGUAUAUUCCCCCCACCUCUCCUUUCUUUCCCUCCCUCUUUCACAUCCCCUUUUCCUUCCUCAUCUUUCCUUCCCUCAUUCUCCAAGAUAUUUUCAUUCUCAGAGAUAAAAAGACUCUUAACUAGCUCAAGGUUAAUGGAGCCAUUUUUCCCACAGUGGAGUUCUGGGUAUGACUCUUUCUUCCAGAGUACAACACAAAGCUCUGAAGAAUAAUGCUCAGAUAGAUUAAAUAAAUUGAUGCCAUAUAGCCUCAGUUAUUAACAUUCCCAGAGUCCCUUGUGCUCUCCCUAUAAGUAGUGGGUGCUUUUCUUUGGUUUCUGUCCAGGUUGGCUGAUGGAGCAAUAUGUAAAGCAAUUACCAGUGGGACAGGAAAUUAUUUCAAAGGUCAACCAACAUUUUUUAAAAAUGAAAGGGGAGGUGGUCAUGGAAUAUAGAAUUGCCAUAUAUAUUUGUUUCUGCGUGCAAUGCUAAUAUAGUAAUUCGGCUGUCCUUUGAAUAUCACUAUGUUGAGUGGAUUCCUCUAGGACCUUUGAUUCCAUGAGUUGGACCCAUAUCACUGUGGAAUAAUAGCAAAAAGAAGUUAAAUGCCACAAAUUUUAAUAGGGAUCUUACCUGAAGGAUUUAAGUACGUUUAGAAGGUGAAGAGGGCCAAUCAUGAUAUUUAAAGAUUAAUUUUGGAAGCUCUACUCUAGCUAUCGGACAAUCAAAGGAAUGCACCUAUCAGCUACAAAGAACAGCUAAGACAGCUGUUUUUUUUUCUUUUAUAAAUGUUUCUGUGUUGUGUCAAAAUGAUUUCUGGUGAUUUAAACUAACAGAUAAUCACAGCUGCUGUCUAAAUCCAUAGUGUUUAAAAUUACAAAAUGAAAAAAAAAACACGUCAUUACCUGUGAAGACUGUGUCUGUGUUUUUAACUAUUUCUUGUACAAAUAUAUGAAAACUUUUAUGAGGAGACUGGUGCCAAGUAGCUGAAUAAUGGGGAAAGGGAUAUUCUGUUCGUAAAAAUCUUAGCAGUGUUACCAACUCUACAAUAUAUAUAUAAAAAAAAUUAAAACGUUACAAAGCGACAGCUAUGGUACAUUUGUUUUGUGUGAAGCUAACCGGACCUAACUUCCUGAGUGCCUGGCUUAUUUUGAAACAUUUUUUUUCAUUGACCAUUGAUAAUGCUGCAAAUCAGAAAUGUACAUACUUCAUUUACAACAGGGUUCUUUUUAUACUUUUGUAGAUUCUCAUACAUGUCACAUACAUGGUUGUCUUUAUGUAACUUAAUUUUUUCAUCCGCAGGUGCCAUUUUCAUAAUAAACUUCUCUUGGAUUUGUUACUAUCUGGCAUCAUUUCUUUUACAUGCAACCAUCCUAACUAAUGAAUGCUGGUAGUAUUUGUUUAAGCAGGUACCUUGGUCAUUAUUCUUGAUUUAAAAAAAAAAAGUGAAAAACAAAAAUGCAUCCAUAUUUUUGCUAGUUUUGGAAAAAAUGCAUAGCUUGUGUACUGAUAAGGCUGACAAGGCACAGAUUAAGUCGCUAAUCCAAAUACUACACGGAACUUUCAACCAUCCUAAAUUUUCAGCUACCCUAACUCAUUGUCAUACUGAGCAUUAUUAUUAUGCACAUUAUCAAAGCUGAACAAUGGGCCUGCAACAUCAACCACUAUGGGAAAUGUGCAUUUUUCUCUUGAUUAAUGCACAGUAAGUGACGACAGUUUCCAUACAUGAAUCAUUUAAAAUGCACUCGAUAUUUUCAUUUAUUACAAUAUAUAAUGUAUAACCAACUGUUCCCUUGCUUAUAUCUUCUUGUUAAACUAAAUAUGUGUUUUCUUCCUCCAGUCAAGCUGAGUAGGACAUGGUUGUGCUGGAUUAUCGGUUAGCUCAGCACGCAGCCUGUCACAUUUAAGGCAGAGCAGCUAGCUAACUCCAAAAGAGAGAGAAAGAGAACACAAACUUCAGCUGCUAUCUCAAAGUUAAGGAUACAGAUGAGUCAACUGUUAAAUCUGUGCUGUCCAGAAAAUGAAGAGAGCUGAGCUGAAAGAAAAGGCAAACACUUGUGUCUGAAAGCUGCCAGCUGUAGUAUCACAUCCUAGUUUUGAGUCUUCAGGGACAUUAGCCACUUUGAGGGUUCUUUUUGUAAUGGACGGUUGCUUCUGUCUAAUGGAUAUGGAAGUGCAGUUAUGGUUGUGGGGCCCUAGAUUUCUCCCCAAUGCCCUUUAUGGGUCCUUGAAAUAAGAACUUCAAUAUUGGAAAUGGGCAGAGAGUGACUGAGAGCACAGAAUUGGGUUUUCCCAACACUUCUCCAAAAUUCAUCUCUCCCUUUUGCUCUUAAAAGUCAGAAGAAUACAGUCUAGUAAAGUUGAGAAGAGAAACAUUGUUGAAGCUAGAAACUCAAUCCUGAGAAGAUGAGUGAAGGCUGGCUCACUCAAGCCACUGUGUCUGGUAGGUGGUAGUGGGGCUGGCUCUCAGUGGGGGCCUCCAGAGUUCUGCAUGGGGAAGGGCUGACCUAGGCAGAAGGGCUGUUGUAGGAGUAUGGGAUUUAGGACCAACCCUCUGUCAGCUGAUGACUGUGUUGGUCAACCAUAACACUUUACUUCUGGACAUCCCUUCAGCCCUGUGACCUGGAGGUGGUGGAAAAGGAAACAGGGAGACCAAACAUGCAUAGGGAAACUGACAUCCUCACAGCAUCUGGAGCUUUAUCAGUGUAAGUGGUGGAAAUCCUGGAUUUGUACCCAAGCUCAGGACUCCCUACCUAUCAACCUUUUAUUUACACCCAUCAUUGCUAAAAUAUAUCACUAAUGGAAUAAAGAGUAUCUCUCAGCCAGAAAGUGAGCAAGCCCUGGGCUCAGACCUGCUGCCCAUUAGGCAGCACCACCACUGCUGCAGUCCCAGGCCGGCAGCCCAGCCAGGGCCCCGGGCUCCUCAAGGCACAGGGCCCCUCCCUUGUCAGGCUGGCAGCACGUCAGGUUGUCAAGGCUCCAGUUUGCAGGCAGUGGGCAGAGCAGUGAUCUGUGGCCAGCUCUCUGCACCUUCGCUCUUCUCCUUCCCAGCCAGUACAGAUACUUGUUUAUUUGGCAAUAAGGAACAAGAAAAAAAAAAACUUAAAUAAAAGCAGCAGCCAGGACAAGAGGGAACAUAUGCAUUCAGUUGAACAUAAAGAAAUUGGUUUUAGUUCUUGUGAACUAUCAUUCUUAUCCAUCUUUACCUACUCUUUGACAAAGCCUGCUUACAUUAGGCAUGUUUAAA